UGUAUACGUGCGCGCGGAGGGAAAGAGGACGAGAGAGGCGAGGCGAGACGAGGGCGAGCCCGAGGGCGAAAGGGAAAGAGGGCAUAAUACAUAGGUGUGCGCGCGAGGUGGUGGCUGGAUCGGUGGCGGUAGCGAGUGGAGAGAGAGAGUGGUGCACGGAAGUGGUGUGGCGGUGUCGAGUCGUGGUGGAUGGUGGAUAGUGGCGGUUCGGGCGGUAGGUCGGUUCGGUCGGUUGUUGAUCGUCGUCGUCGUCGUCGUCGUCGUCGUGGUGUUCGGUGACGAGAACAAGAAGAAGGGAACGAGGAGAAGGCAGAUAGAACGAUAGAGGAGGAGGAGGAGGAGGAGGAGGAACGAUACAGAGAGAGAGAGAGAGAGAGGUGCGGAGGCGAGAUACGAUCAGGAGCGGACCGGAGAGAAGAGACGCGAGGAUGAGAUCGAUAAGGAGGGAGUGGACGAGGUGGUGCGGGUUUGGCGAAACGGGAACGCCGCGGCGCGUGUAGACGCACGGGGUGGUAAACAGACGCGCGUAAAAUACGCACGCACGCGCCCCGACCGGCCUGCUCGCCCGUGUCGGCAGAGAGAAGGGAGAGAGAGUGGUCGCGGAAAAGUCGUCGGUCCUCUCUGGUGGCCGGACACCGGGACGCGACGAGCACAGGGGGCACACCGGCUCACGGUUGAGAUCGUCUCGUAUCGGUGGAGGAGCCGCGAGACGGAGAGCGAGGGAGAGAGGAGAGAGAGAGAGAGAGAGAGAAAGAGGGAUCGGAAGAGGCAAGAGGCGGAGGAGGAAGAGGGAAGAAGACAAAGGAGGAUACUCGCCGGUACGGUGGAGCACGGAUUCGUCGCGGAGACGGGAUCGUCCUCCUCCUCCUCCCUUUCUCUCUCCCCCUCGAUCUCUAUCCAUCUCCACUCGAUGGGGUUCGCCGGUGAAAGAAGGUCAAAGAUCGAUCGUCGAGUACGAGGGUCGUGACCUCACGCAUACACGGGACGAGCCACGCGUGCGGCACGGCUCUUCCAGCGGGAAGGUGGAGGAACCUUGGCUGGAAGAAACGGAAACGAAGGGAGGAGAGAAGGAGAGAGAGAGGGAGGGAGGGAGAGAGAAGGAGAGAGAAAGAGGGAGAGAGAGAGAGAGCCGGUUAAGGUGGAUCUCGUCGGAGAACCGAUGAAAUUGAUCGAUCUCCGGACCCUUGGUCGAUCGACGCGUUAGGCGUUGUCGUCAAUGCUCGCCACUCGUCGACCAACGUUUCCGCGUAGAGUAGAAGAGGAAUCGUACCACGUCGGGACCACGUCGCGUCGAAGAUCGGUGGAUCUACGCUCGAUUGGACGGACACCGUGGUGGCAUAGAAGAAAAAUCGCGACGGAUCUAGGAGGAGGAUCACACGUGCCUCCGAAAACGAGAGACGCGAGAGACAUGCUGGUCGCUGGUCGUCCGCGAGAAGCGACGUUACAUCAACAACGCGAAUCGCGUGGGACAAAAGAAUCGUAGAGAAAGAGAAAGAGAGAGAGAAAGAGAAAUAGUCGCGCGAAAGAAAAAAGAAAAAGGAAAAAGCGAGAACGAUCCGUGCGAUCCACAGCGAACCACAUACACACAACAUAGGCGCGCGCGCGCGCGCGAGAAUCAUCGGAGGAGAAGCGUGGAAGGAAGAGGAAAGAAAGUGAUCGAAAGAGUGAAAAUCGGUCGGGUCGGGGUGUAAAAUCGGGAUCGAAAGAAUGUCGCGAGAUCCGUACUCGAGCGGAAGCGGAGUGGUCGGGCCAGGAGGCGGUACUCGGUCGCCUCGAAGCGGUCGUCGCGUGGGCGAGCUACCCACGGUCGACCGUAGCCCGUCGAGGAGCUACGCGAGCGGUCGCGGCAGUCCUUUGGGUCGGAAGAGAGGCACUCGUAGCGGGAACAACUCGCCGGAGCACCUCGGAUACGGGAGCUACCAUCACCAUCAGCUGGGCAGUCCGUACUACUCCCGCGACGAGGACCUCGCCAGUCCCGUGAUGCUCGAGGAGAGGGGCAGGAGUAUGUCAACCGGGGGCGGUGGGGGCGGACAUCACAGAUCCAGAAGCGCCUCGAGACCCGCCAUGUCCAGCUCGGCGGGCAUGUCGGCGAGGUACACCAGCCUCGAUCGUGCAUCCGCGGGUAUCCUCGAUCACGAUCGCGAGUUCGUGCCGAUACGCGAUCCCCGUGAACGUAGCCGCGACCGUGGACUUUACCUGGAGGAUGAGAUUUACGGGUCGAGAUCGGCCAGACAGAGCCCGAAUCCGCACAUGCUGCGCGACAGCGGUGGCUAUAUCGGUGAACUCCAACAUCAGAACAACGAUCUCCAACGAGAGCUCGGGAACCUCAAGAAGGAGCUCGAGCUGACGAACCAAAAGCUCGGCAGCUCGAUGCACAGCAUCAAGACCUUCUGGAGUCCCGAGCUCAAGAAGGAGAGAGCAUUGAGAAAAGAGGAGAGUUCCAAGUACAGCCUGAUCAACGAACAGCUGAAGCUGCUCAGCUCCGAGAAUCAGAAACAAAGUAUGAUGGUUCGCCAACUGGAGGAGGAGCUGAGGAUGCGGAUGAGGGGGCCGAGCGUCGAGAUGCAGCAACAAAUGGAAGUUUUGUACAACGAGAACGAGCAUCUGACGCGAGAGAUCGCCAUACUUCGCGACACGAUUAGGGAGCUGGAAUUGAGAAUAGAGACACAGAAGCAGACACUGCAAGCUAGAGAUGAAAGCAUCAAGAAGCUGCUCGAGAUGCUCCAAAACAAAGGGAUGGACAGCUACCGUCCGAAAAUCUGGAUUCCGAGCAGACAUCCCAAGAGCUUCUCGUUGCUUUCUGCUGUUCCAGGAAAAGAGGAGGAAAGGAUCAUGUUCCAGCAGAUGCAGUCGAUGGCCCAGAAGCAGACACGUUCUUGCCCAUCACGACAUACCGCUAUCAUGGCCAUUCGUCGUAAUCGAUGCACGAGCAGCGGGACGGUCCGAAAGUCGUCAAGUCGCGUCAAGACGAGCCGAUCCCAGGCCCAAGGGAGGACUUUGCGACUGUUUGGCACCGACCUGAUGCGACAUGCGAUAAUACGACGUCGUUCUCCUCGCGAGCUCAAAGCGACGAACGAGAGCCUGAAGAGCCUGCAGACGCAGCUGGAGUUGGCGUACGCGUCGACCGCGUCAUCCGGGGCAGCCGUGGCGGGCGGAAGCGCUGGUCUCGGGCUAGGUAGCGUAUCAGGUGCAGGCGGUACCGUCCUUGGAGGUAGCGUGGCGGUUCCAGGCGGCGUGCCCGGUAGCACCACCCUGACGGCCAUCUUGGAGACAAAAGACGCGCGCAUACAAACCCUGGAGAAGGAGGUGGCUUUGCUCGAGGCCGAGUUGCAACGUAUUAAGGAAUGCGGCGGUAGAUUAAGGGAGCAGCUGUUGAAAGCGACCGCUGUGCCGAGUAGUAGCGGGGGCGGUAGUGCGCAGCAGCAGCAAACGAUAACGCAACAACAACAGACGCAACAACAGCAACAACAGCAACAACAGAAUAAGGUUGCCGUGGGAGGUAUCGAGUCGCAGAUGCGGCAGGGGUUGGUGACGGCCAUGGGUGGUCCGCAGCAGCCCGGCACGUUGGCCUUGGCCAGGGGACCGUCCGUGAUGACCUCGCUGGUACCGUACGGUCACACGUCGACCUCGGCAUUAACCAGUUCAUUGCUUGCCGGUUCGACAGGUGGGACCACGAGCGGCGGAGGCGGUGGGGGCGGUUCCUCGUGCCUCGGCGGCAUCUCGUCGGGCGCUACCACCGGCGUGGUCAAUCCCUAUACCGAUCGUUACGCGGAUCAUCAUCUCCAUCAGCUUCAUCAUCACCCUCAUCAUCAUCAUCAUCAUCAGCCUCAUCUCCAUCAACACCACCACCAGCAGCAGCAGCAGCAGCAGCAGCAGCAACAACAGCAGCAGCAGCUGCAGUUGCAGCAUCAGCAGCAAAUGCAGCAACACUUGAAACAAAUUGAGCCUGCGGCGCAGGGCGCACUGGCGCUCCACGCGCACACCUUCAACAAGCACGACAUGAACUUCAAACGGCAACUGGACGAGCUACGGAUGGAAGUGCAGCGUAGGGAUCAGGAGCUGCUCGCCAUGUCCGCGAAAAUGAAAACCCUCGAGGAGCAGCACCAGGAUUAUCAGCGGCACAUCACUGUGCUCAAAGAGUCGCUCGCCGCCAAGGAGGAACACUACAACAUGCUGCAGGCUGACGUGGAGGAAAUGCGGCAGCGGCUCGAGGAGAAGAACCGGAUGAUCGAGAAAAAGACGCAGGCCGCGAUGCAGGCGCAACAGGAGCGGAAUCGUAUGAACACCGAGCUCACCGAGCUCAAGGAUCAUAUGGACAUUAAGGACAGGAAGAUCAACGUGCUUCAGCGCAAGAUCGGUGACACGAGAUGGCAGAUCGAGAAUCUGGAGGAUCUGCUAAAAGAGAAGGACAACCAGGUCGACAUGGCCAGGGCGCGUUUAACGGCAAUGCAGGCGCACCACUGCAGCAGCGAAGGCGCGCUCAGUAGCCUGGAGGAGGCGAUAGGAGAUAAGGAGAAGCAAAUGGCACAAUUAAGGGAGCAGAGGGAUCGGGCCGAGCAGGAGAAACAGGAGGAAAGGGAGUUGCACGAGAGGGAGAUCGCCGAGUACAAAAUGAAGAUACAUGCCCUCGAGUCGGAGGUGGAGAAAUUGGGCGCCCGGUUGGAGAGGGCGCAAGCGGAGAAAGAUCGACUGGAGGCGAAGCUGGAAAGCUCGCAGUCGGAGCUCGGCAAGAGCAAAGCCGAGCUGGACAAAGCGGCGUCCGAGGUUGGGCGCAGCGGGGCCGACUGGGAGGCUGCCAAGCAGAGGUUGACCAGGCUCGAGCUCGAGAACGAGAGGCUGAGGCACGAGAUCGAGAGGUCUCAGACCAGUUACGGGAGGAGCACCCUCAAUUCCUCUCAGGAGAUGGACAGGAUCCAGGAGAGGGCCGAGAAGGCGGCCGCCGAGCUCAGGAGGGCCCAGGCCGAGCUCAGAGUCACGCAAGCAGACAACGAGAGAGCUAGGGCCGAGGCAGCUGCUCUCCAAGAAAAGGUGGAGAAGAGCCAGGGUGAGGUAUACAGGCUGAAAGCCAGAUUGGAAAACGCCCAGGGUGAACAGGAGAGUCUGCGGGAUGAAUACGAUCGGGCACAGGCGUCGGUGGCUCGUCUGCACUCGGAACGGGACAAGGCGAUCGCGGAGCUCGAGAAAACGCAAGAGGAACUGGAACGGACCCAAGCUACCCUAGGCAAGGCGCAACUUCAACAGGACAAAUUGCAGAAUCUAUUGGACAAAACGCAGAGCGAGGUGGACAAGCUUCAGGAGAAACUGGACAAAACGCAAACGGAAAUUCGCAGGAUGCAAAUGGAGAGGGAAAAGCAGAACUACGAUUUCGAAAACGUGCAAAGUCAAUUGGACAAAGCGCUCGGCCAAUCGACCAGGAUGCAGAAAGAGAGGGAGACGAUUCAAUUGGAAGUGGACCGGUUGCAGGACAAAUACGAGAAGGCUCAGAUGAUAAUGCAGCGGCUGCAGAAGGAGAGAGAUGGGUUCCAAGAGGAGACGGACAAACUGCACGAGAGGAUAGAGUUCCAGCAGAAUCAAAUAGCGAAGAUGCAACGGGAUAAGGAGAACGUGUUGUCGGAGCUGGAAUUGGUGAAAGAGAGAUGGGAGAAGGCUCACAACUCCCAUCAAAAGUUAACCCUCGAACGAGACGACGCUCUCACCGAAAUCGAGAUCCUGAAGGAGAAGUUGGAGAAGGCCCAAUACUCGAUGAACAAGGCGCACGAGGAACGGGAGAACGCGAACAAGGAGUUCGAGAAGAUGUUGGAGAAGUACGACAGAGCCCAGAGCGAGGUGUAUCGGCUGCAGAAUCGAAUCGAGGUGAUGGAGGCGGACAAAGAUAGGCUGGAGCUGGAGGCCGAGAAGCAACAAAUGUUGGCGACGAAGAGCCGCGACGAGGCGAGGAAAGCGCAGGAGGAGUUGGCUCGGGUGCAAGAGAUGUACGACCGAGCCGCUCUUCAACUGGGCCGCACGAAGGAGCACGAGGAGAAGUCGAAGGAGGAUCUGGACAGAUUGACGGUCGAUCUGGAGAUGGUGCGGGAGCGUUACGAGAAGUCGCAGAUCGAGUUGAGGAGGUUGCAAAACGAGAGGGAGAAAUUGGUGGCGGACAACGAGAGGAUCAGUUUCGAAUUGGAGCGCGCCCACUCGCAGCUGACCAAGGCCCAGGCGGCCACCGACAAGACGCAGGAGGAGUUGGCGCGGAUGCAACUGGAGAUCGAGAAGAUGUACGAGAAGCACGACAGGCAGCAGGCCGAAGUGAGAAAGGCGCAGGCGGAGACGGAACGGCUGCGAGUGGAGGCGGAGAGCGCGCGGGAGGAAUGCGAGAGGUACGCGGCCAGGUUCGGCAAGUAUCAGGAAAAUCAGGAACGGCAGAAGGAGGAGCACGAGUGGGCGAAGCUGGAGGUGGAGCGGCUCCGCGAUCGGCUGGAGAAGGCGUUGGCGGAGCUCGAGCGCGCGAGGAAGGCCGAGCAGGACGCCUCGAGGCUGCGCGCCGAUCUGGAACGUGCGGAGGGAGCGCGAGGUAAAUACCAGUACGAGCAAGAGAAGUGGCAGAGCGAGGGUAGUAGGCUGCAGCAGGAGGUGGAGAAGCUGCGGGAACGUCUGGAGGGCCGUGAGACGGAGCUGAAGAGGACGCAGUCGAGCAACGCCGAGCUCGAGGCGAAGCUGCACGAGACGCAGCUUCAGCUCGAGCGGGCGCGCGAGGAGACCAACAAGGCGACCGCGGCGCAGGAACGGAAUCGCGGCGAGAUCGAACGCGCUAGAAUCGAAACCGAGAAGAUACGCGAUCGUCACGACAAGGUGAAGGCGAGAGCGGACGCCCUGGAGGCGGACAACGAGAAGCUCCGGGUGGAGAUCGUACGGUUGGAGAGGUUGAUGCAAACCGAGGGUAAGACCAGAUCGGAGAGCGCGAGCAUCGAGGUGGAGCGGCUGCGCGCGAGCCUGGACAAGGCGAUCGUGGGACGCGACCAGGUGGAGCUCGAGGCGGGGAGAUUGGCCAAGGAGCUGGAGAAGGCGCACAUGCAGACGGCCAAGUAUCAGGAGGCCGCCGAGGCGAACAAGAAAGAGUUGGAACGGCUCGCGGCCGAGACGCAGCUGCUCAGGGACGAGCGGGAGGCGCUGAGGCAAGAGUUGAGGCGGGUGCAACAGCAGCAGCAGCAGCAACAGCAGCAGCAACAGAUGGCCGGGAGCGAGGAGAUGGCGCACCUCCAGCACGAGUUGCAACUGGCUCAACGGGAGCGCGACAAGAUGGCCGCGAUCCUCGAGAAUCGGGAGAAACACUCGGAGAAGAUCGAGAAGGUGAAGGAGAAGCUGGAGGCGGAGGCGAAGCAGUUGCAAGUGGAACGGGAUCAGCUGGUGAUACAGUUGGAGAAGUCGCAGGAGAUGCUGGUCAACUUCCAGCAAGAGUUGGAGACGAACGAGGCCGAGUUGAAGCGUCAGCGGGACGAGGUGCGCCGACUGCAACAGUUGCAGCAGCAGAGGGUGCACGCGCAGACGCCGGAUAGGGCGGCGAAGGAGGCCCUCGAGGCGCAGAUGCGAGAGGUCCAUCGGUUGGGGCAGCAGGUGCAGAGCCUGACUCAGGCGCAGACGAAGGAACGACAGAGGGCCGAGCAGGCCGAGAAACGGGUGCAGGAACUUCAGAAGCAGAUCGCGUCGAGGGAUGCGAGCGUGGCGGCCGCCGGUGGCGCGAACGAGGCACAGCUCGAGCAAUGGAGGAAGCUAUGCGAGACGGAGAAACAGAGGGCGGACGCGGCCGAGAGGCAGGCCGCCGACUUGCAAAAGCGUAUCCAGAACACCGAGAGGCAGUUGCACGCUCAACAACAGCAGAUCCAGCAGAUGCAGGUGACGAUGCAGCAGCAACAACAGCAGCUACAGCAGCAACAACAGCAUCCGCAACAGCAAAACGGCCAGGAGGUCGCCAGGCUGAGAAAGGAAUUGGAACGCGCUCAAGAGAACGUUAAGCAGGCGGGCGUGGAGCGCGAGCGGUUCCAGGAUCAGCUCGAAAAGCUGUGCCAGGAGCUGCAGAAAUCUCAGGUGGACUUGCACGAAGCGAACAAGAAACUGCAAGCUGGCGCCGCGAAGGCUGGUAUCGAUACUACUCAAGAGAGAAGACAAUUGGAGGAGCAGAAACGCCAACUGGAAGAACAGAGAAGACAGACGGAAGAACGAGCGAAGUCCGUAGAUCAGAAAGCUAGAACGAUAGAGGAGAAGGAGAGGACGCUCCAAAGUCUCGACCAGGAUUUGAAGAAACGGAAAGCGAAGAUGGAUCAGUUGGAGCAGCAGUUACAAAGGAGCGGUGGCUCGCCGGACAAGAGAUUGGCGGAAAUGCAGAAGGCUCUGGAAACUGCCGAGAAGGAAUUGGAAAAGGCGAAAGAGGAAUCGACCAGAAGCUCUGCCGAGACCGAAAGGUUGCUGCAGCUGAUGCAGAUGACCCAGGAAGAGCAGAAUGCCAAAGAAAGACAAAUCAGAGAACUUCAAGAUGCACUCAAAGCCGCACAAGCCAAGUUGAAACAAGCCGCAACUGCACAGCAACAAGAGGCGGGUCCCACCGGAUUCCUAAAAAGCUUGUUCUAAGGUCGAUUUUCGUUGGGGACGCCUUCUCCGUUCUUUUUAGUACAAUUUGCAUAUUAAGCGAACUUUACAAGUACACGAACUUAAUUAUACGAAAAAUAAAUAAAAUACGAAAGGAGAUCGUACUGAGAUUCGCCAUUGACGACUCACUUUGUCAAGAUACAUAAUUAUUUUACGUAACGCUGCGACCAUUGUUAACAUAUUUAAUAAUAUUGAUAACGGGAAGAUAUUGACGAUAAUAACAAUAAUUACUGAUACAUAUA